AGAUGCGCGCGCAGCCAUCGCCAUCUUUUAAGUUUUUAGGUGUUCGGGAGUGAAAGUGGUGCACAAGCUUUUUCAAACAAGGCCAGCUUAUUAAAAUUGCGUUACAGAAAGCAAAUGGCUAAUCGAAAUAUACAACAGGCGAGGAUGAUGGGCAGUAACUCUCCGCAACCUGUGAAACGUGGGACAGAUUCCCCGGCUGCGGAGCAGACACCGGCGAACAAAGACAGCCCAGGCCCGCCGCCUCAGCCUUCCCCCGCAGCCGAACAAGCUGAAGAAGCCGCAGAGGGAAGCGGAGAAGGCUCCUCAGAAAUGACUCUCGACAUUGCGAGUUUUCGAAAGCCCGGUGAGAAGACGUUUACCCAGCGCUCGCGCCUCUUCGUCGGAAGUCUGCCGCAGGGUGUCUCCGAAGAAGAGUUCAAAAACAUGUUUGCUAAAUAUGGGAAUAUUAGCGAAGUGUUCAUCAACAGAGACCGGGGUUUUGGCUUCGUUCGCUUGGAAACCCGGACGCUGGCAGAGAUUGCUAAAGCUGAAUUAGAUGGGACUGUUAUUAACAAUCGGCCUAUCAAGAUCCGCUUUGCUACUCAUGGUGCUGCUCUGACAGUUCGCAAUCUGCUGCCAGCAGUUACAAACGAACUGCUUGAACAGGCGUUUUCUCAGUUUGGGCCCGUGGAGCGGGCAAUUGUUGUGACAGAUGACCGUGGCCGGCCCACUGGAAGAGGGAUUGUGGAGUUUGCAAACAAAGUAGCUGCUCGUAAAGCCCUGGAGCGCUGCACCGAGGGGGCGAUGCUGCUGACCAGUACACCUUGUCCAGCCAUUGUGGAGCCUUUGGAGCACUUAGAUGAGGAAGACGGUUUGCCCGAAAAACUGCUGCAGAAAACUCCAAAGUACUACAAGGAGCGAGAGCAGCCGCCACGCUUCGCCCAGCCCGGGACGUUUGAGUUUGAGUUCUCGUCUCGCUGGAAAGCUCUGGAUGAGAUGGAGAAACAGCAACGAGAGCAGGUGGACAGAAACAUUAGGGACGCCAAAGAGAAACUGGAGACUGAGCUGGAAGCUGCUAAACAUGAACAUCAGCUCAUGUUAAUGAGACAAGAUCUAAUGAGACGUCAGGAAGAGUUGAGGAGGUUGGAGGAGCUUCGCAACCAGGAGCUGCAAAGACGAAAGCAGAUAGAGAUGAGGCAUGAGGAGGAGAGGAGAAGGAGGGAGGAGGAGAUGAUGAGACACAGAGAGCAAGAUGGCUUGAGACGCCACUCAGACGGCUUCAAACCAAAUUACCUGGAAAAUAGAGAGCAGGAAAUGAGAGUGGGUGAGCUGGGCCCUCGUGGAGCCGUUAAUAUGGGAGAUGGCUAUAACCAGGCCUCUGCAGGGCCCGGUGGUAACCAGGGUCAAAUGAUGGGCAUGAGUGGAAGGGGAGGAGCCAUUGGCCCAGAGGGAACGGCAAAAAUUGGGACGCCAUUGAUGUCAGAGAAUGGAGCCAUGCGAAACGAAAGGCUCCCGCCGGGUGGAUCAAUAGGGAGUCGACCAGAAGUCGAAUCCCCAAAACAACAUCAGCAGCCGUUAGGCCCCCAGGUUGGACAAAGUCAAGGAUUUAGCAGGGCCAGUCCAGUUGCUGGCAUGUUUGAUGGACCAAAUAGCAAACGCCGUAGGUACUAACUUGUCCCGGUUCUCAUUAAAUCUUUGUUACUGCCCCAACGUGAUACUCACUAUCCCUGUGACUUUGAUAUGGAUGGAGAAAAAAAAAGGUUUUUGUCAUAAAGAGGCAUUUAUUGAUGAUAAAAUGGCACGACAGUGCUUUGUAUUCAACAUCUAAAAUGUUUUUACAUAUUUUUUGCAGAAUGUCUCAAUGGUCUGAAUAAAAUGGUUGGUUUUGUUUUUUCUAAAUAUGAGUGUGCAAAGAAUUUUCUUCCUGGGAAGGCCUUUUGUUGUUUGAUUUCCUUGUUGCUAUGGAUACUGUUUCUUUGACACAAUUUAUUAAGAUGCUAUGACAGUUAUUCAGUUUGAAAAUGAAGAUAGCAUUACUAUCGCUUUUUUCUUGGUUGGGGUGUCUGUGUACCAUGAAUGUAAUAAUCGAUGCCAUUACCAUAGAUCAGGGAUCUCCAGCUCUGGUUCUUGUGAGCUGCUUUCCUGUAGGUUUUAGAUCAUUCAUCUUCAAUCCAGGUCUUGGAGGGCUUGUGUCCUGUAGGUUUUAGACGUUUCACUGCUGCAACACACCUGUUUCAGACUCCAACCAGUCUGCAUAUUUGUCAUUGAUUUGAGUCAGGUGUGUUACAGCACACCUUCUAAAACCUGCAGGACACUGGUCCUCCAGGAUCAGGAUUGAGAAUCUUUGUUUUAGACGUUUACCUGUUGCAACACACCCAAGUCUCAUCAGUGGGUCAUGAAAAGGCUUGUGCUGAAUUUUUUAUUUGAAUAAGGUGUGUUGUUGUAGGUAGGAAAGCAUCUAAAACCUGCAGGACAGUAGCUCAAAAGAAUCGGAAUUGGAGAUUCCUGUCACAGAAAAUUCACAAAUUUGCCACUGAAGUAUUAGAUACAGAACUAUAUCAGCAUUUUAAAGAAGAAAAACUGAUUCUUACAACCUGAGCGCCUCAGCAAGCUAAUGCUAACCUUUGCAUACAGCAACAUCAACUGUUUGCAAACAGUAACCCUUGUUUGGAAGUUUUAAACACUUUGACAUGUUAGCGUAGCAUAAAUGACUAAGACCCAUUCUUUAUCAUUUAUCUGUAGAUAAAGAUAUCUGUUUUAACUUGCUUACAAUAUGCUGUUUCUUUGUGGGGUUUUUUCCUUCCUUUUCCUUGAAAACAAUAGAGAUGUUGCUGCAUGUCACUUGCAGUUAAGGCGUCUUUGCUACACGCAUCUAGGAAACACAAGUUUUAGAAUUUUUUCCCAAGUUUCUGUAUUUAGGUAUUUGAUCCCAUGACAUCCCUACAUAUUUAUACAAAAAACCAAAAUAAUAAAUUUUAGGAUUUUUUUUUUUGUCCUCACUGUAUUUGACUGUGAUUUUUGCUUUACACGGUUUUUAAAAUCUUUGCUAAUUAGAUGCUAUAUCUAGUGGAAAGCGAAUGUUUAUGUAGCUUUAGUGCAUCUUGUUUUGACGGUCAAAAGAAAUAAAAUAUUUGUAGGAA